AUGGAUUCAAGGCCCCCGCGAAGGGUGCGCGGGGAGAGGCGGCGGCAGGCGCGGGUUACGUCCCGCGCUCUCGCAGAUUCAGAGGGCCAGUCGAAAACUCUCCGACAAGCACCCCAAGAAGAAAUUUGGAGUUCCCUCAUCAGCACAUGCAGAUUGCCAGUGGUGAAUCAAGCAUAUCAAUACUCCGGACAAAAUCUUAAUUCCGGAACUGACGUGCUCAUAAGAAAGAGCUCUCUUCGGUGCUUGAAGCUCUCUGUCGCAGUUUCAAGAAGCGAUUCGAGGUUGUUCAGUGAUGGUGCAAUCCGACAACAGGACGGUAAUCUCUUACCUGAGAAAUCAGCGAGGAACACGGUCAAUCGUUCUUCUAGAAGCAACAACUUGAAGUUAGCCGACAUUGUAGACGUGACGCUUCAUGCUUUCUAUCUGCCUGAUCGCUACAAUAUAAUAGCCGAUUGCCUAUCGUGCGGAAACGGGCUUCCAGAUUGGCACCUCAAGGGGAAUGUUGUGAAAAUGAUUUUCAAGAAAUGGGGUACCCCUCAAGUGGAGUUUUUCGCCACGAGUCAGUCAACGGUUGUUCCAGCUUAUGCGUCAAUAGAGGCAAUCAUUUUCAGCCGAGAUUGGCAAUACAAUCUUGCUCGGGUUUUUCCACUGCCGCCCCUGAUACCCAGGGUGCUUCGUCAUCUCAACAAGUCGUCGGGGACUUUUCUUGUAGUAGUUCCUCGAUGGGAAUCAGUGAUCUGGAGAAACGACUUGAAGCGACGGGCUCUGGGGGCUCCUUCUCAAAUUCGUAAUUUGAAAGUGUCUGAUAGAUCUGUCUGUCAACCGCCCAUCUUCACAAGUGGAAGAUCUGCUAGACGUCUGGCGGAG